AUGGCGGUAUGGAAACUCAGUCCUUUUAAGUUAGAUUUCAGCAUUUCGUCUCCUUCUUCCUGGCCAAAACGGUGGUUAUUUAUCAUCUUUCUGUGGGAUGAUUGUGUUUUUUCGUCCGAAUGCAUAAGCCUUGCUGCUUUUAUUUGUUGGGCUUUAUGGAAGUGCCAUAAUGAUCUUUUGUUUAACAAUAAGCUUUGGGAUCCGCUUGCCGCUGUUCAACUUGCUGUUCGGAAUUUCCAUGAAUUCACAGCGGUGAGCUUUCAGGAUGCUCUCCUUUCCUUGUCUCCGGCCACUGUCCCUCCUCGGUCUUCCUCUUGGAUUCCCCUUGCUCUAGGUGCUUUUAAGCUUAAUUUUGAUGCUACUUAUAGCAAUGUUUCCAAGUCUUGUGGCAGCGGCAUUAUUCUCAAAAAUCAUUUUGGGCAACCCAUUCGCGUUGCCUCUGUUUUCUUCCGCUUUGUUUGCAGUUCGUCUGUCACUGAAGCUCUUGUGCUUAGGGAAUCUCUCACGCUUCUUCAGUGUUGGGGUUAUUCUCAUGUUCUCGUGGAAGGUGAUUGUAAACCUGUUAUGGAUCUUUUUCCUUCAGAAGAAGCUCGCACUGUUAUUUAUGACAAUGCUACUAUCCUUCUUAGGUCUUGCCUCGGUUCUUCCCUUGGUUGGACCCAUCGUUUAGGUAAUGUUGUUGCUCAUUUAGUGAGCAAAUCGGCUUUGGAAGCCAGUUGUGGUGAUUUUGAGUGGAGCAUAUGA